AGUACAAUAACAAUUCUUCACUAAUUUAUUUAUUUCGAGAAAGAUGAUUAGAUGCUCCAGACACAAACUAUAACUGUUGAAAAUCCGUUUACUGUUUUCAGCAUUGCAUUGUGGGCCAUUGUAAUGCCUGCCGAACCCCAUGUAUUUGUUUAUGUUUUGAUACUAUGCGAUGUGUAGGUGGAAGUGAACAUUGUCGUUACUCACAGGUUUUAAAUGCCAUUUGCAUCCGAUGUCCGAGGCUGCUUCUGUUGUGGACCGAGCCAAUCCUUUCCUCGCAAUAGCCAUCUCGCCAUGCAAGGCCCACCAUUCAGUCUCAAUCUGACAGCCAGUGGACCAGGCCCAGUUCUGUCUCAUUCCAUGGCCCCGGCUAAUGAUCCCAUGGCCCUGGGUCCUGUAUUUGAACAAAUCGACAUCAGCGGUGCUGCCUCAAAUGCCAUGUUAUCUUCCCUAGAUAUUCCACAGACGGACAAUGCCCUCAGCUCUGUUGUGCGCCCCAGUCAAGAAAUGUGUGAACAUGAAGAUGAUGAACAGGUCUUCGUGUCACCCUCCGGGCCUCAAAUAGAACAGGUGGCGAUCGGGAACAAUCUGGGUCAGUUCAGUUUCAGAUUUUUACAAGACAGGCAGCUCGGGUGUAAAGUUCCUAGUGGCAAUGGAGUGCCCGGCGACAUAAAACCAUUACUGUCGUCGUCUGCUCCUGGUGAGACGAUAUUGUCUCGUAACUUUGACAGGCGCCUAGGUCGUGGUAACGGGGCGGGAGAGUGUUCAUCUGAGGGUGGCGAUAUGGAUCUAGACAGCGCCUUGGACGAACUUGGGAUGUUGAGUACGAUAACCAAUAGUAGAAAACAAUAUUUGCUCGAAACUCGAAGCCAAGCUUCCAUAAAGAAACGGGAGCAGAGGCUGCGCACAAAAAGCGAGAGCUCUCCCAACUUAUCAAAUCUGGGUCGUCCCAACGGGUACUGCAUUCUUCAGGUGGACACUACUUAUGUCACAGGAAUGUCGUCCACACCAAGUCCAGCCGGCCUAGUUUCCUCUGUCCAUAAUUCUACAGAUGGAAUGCCAAUAAAGUCGCAUCCUUUCCGUGCUGAUUGCUGGAGGGAUCCUGAAGUUCUGGAAAAUUCGGCAGCUGCAAGACGCCGCCGAUCUGUGCCACGUAUGUCCCGCAUGCGGAAAGAUCGAUAUCGACGGUCUCGCUGCCCUUACAAGAUUCCGAAUCGUCUGUGCAGUUCCAUGCAGGAGUCCGACUUUGGUCCUGACUAUUUUGACUCAUGCACUAGCCCUUUCUCUUCCCCCUCCAUCCCUUCUGAGCCUGGCGUGGAUGCUCUGUCACACAGACUGGCAGACGCACAGCUGGGGAGUCAGUCCAAGUCCAACACCGCCUCGCCUGUGAAGCCUGUACAGGAAGUGCGUCUGGUCCGCUCGAUCUCUGCAGAGAACCUGCUUCCUGUCCGUCGACGUCUGGAAAGAGACCUAGACUUACAGCGGCAGGAGUCCUCGAGAGCAGAUGAGAGUCUUGACGUGAUGGCCUCGCAGCUGACCAAUCUCCACAUGUCCUGAGAGUUGCCUCAGGUCUCUUGAUCUCACAGAUGUAGUGGGGUUUUUUUUCUUUUUAAUAUUUUACCAUUUUACCCGUUGCUGUCCAGUGUGUUGGAUCUUUAUUGAUCAUUUUGAGUUGAAUUGUUUGGGUUUUUCAUGAAAAAUUGUGUGCACGAUGUGACUUGACAAAAACAAAAUGAAAAUUCUUCUUUCUUUUGAAAAAGCUAUGUUGAUUUAGGUCUUGCUUUUUCCGAGCACUGAAUGACAGUUAUUGUCUCCAGGUGCUACUCUUUAACUUGAAACGACACUGUGGGAAGAAAAGUUAACCUUUUAAUAAACAAAGCCACCUUGUCAGCACACUAUAUAGUCUGCUAGCUUGUGGAGUUAUGUGUAGCUGUUUUCAUAGAUAACCUCUAUCAGGGUUUUAUUUUUUUAUAUAGUGCAGAAACUUUUCUGUGGAUACAUUCCAAAAAACUGUAGAAAAAGAGGAUUACUGUGUCGAAACUCCUUUACAACAUUCUGUCCUGUUCAAGUGGCAAUAUGAAAAAUUUGUACUUGAAAAUUAAUUACACUUGUUUAGUUUCGUCUUACUUGUUUUUCCUUAGUCUGCUGAGAGUAGGUUAAAAUUAGAUCUUCAAACAGCUCUGUUGUUAACAACUGUUAAUGUUGCUGACUAUUCUUUGAUAGGCCUGACACAUGAGCUAAAAUGAUAAAAAGUUUACUUUCAAAUAUGUGAUACUAAUUAUGAAUAAUGAAUUUAGCCCGCAUUUUAUUACAUUUGAUAUAUUAUAGUGGUUGUUCAUCCAGUUGUUCGACUUGCGUUCAUUUAGGUUCCUGUCUUUAGAAGACUUAGGUAUAAGUUUAAGUUCUGAUCAAAGAUUUGGAAUGGUUUUUUUGUGAUAUUGUUUUUCUACCUUUGUAAUAAAUGCUUUUCAUCAUACACGCUGUUCAUAUAUAUGGUUGUGUUCUUGAAACACACUUGAUAGUUCUCCCAAUUAUAUAGUAGUCAAUAAUUUAAUUACUCAAUCAAAUAUUGCAUAUAUGUACAUAUAUAUCUCAAUAAUGGUCGAAAUUCCUACUUCUAGAGCAGUGAAAGUUUCUCUUCACUGUUGAUUUGACAUUACACUCAUUUGUCUUAACAAUGUUCAUGUUUCUGUCAUACAUCUUUUAUUGCAUUCUCUCAUCUGUCUGUGGUUAUUGAAUGUCCUUGG